UCUCUCCCCGGCUUCCUGCCUUCUCUCUAUCGUGGCCGUCUCUGGUAGGCUAGGGUUUCUCUCCGGGAUGGGGAUGCCUUAGUUGGUUUUUUUUGUUCAUAUAUGUAGUUAGAUCUUAGAUGUGCUGCCAUCUUGCUGUAGGCAGUGGAAUUUCCCCUGUAGUCUAGAAACUUUGGUUUCUGUAUUAUUUUUUAGGAGUUGCAAAAUGUGAUCUUUGGACAAGGGAGUGAUGGUUAGCCCUUAGCAGUCUUAAAUUCUAGAUCACUUCAAUUGAUAAUUGCUUCAUUAAUGUGAUUUUUUUUCUUGUUUGACAUAAUCCCACACUUUAGGAUCUGGCAAGAAUUAAUUGGAUUAUAGUCUAGGUCUGGUCGUGCGUUAAAUGGCGAAGGGGCCGCCCACAAGGCACUAGGUCUAAUUUCAUCGAAAUGCUACAUCUAACUACUGCCUACUUCACUUGUUCACAUACAGUUUUUUGCUUUUCUCGGCAUUUUUGCGUGGCUCUCUUUUUAUGGCCAGCUUGACAAUUUGCUCUUGAAGGAGUCGUUCAACUCAGAAAGAACAAAGAAUGUUCAUGUCAACCUUGGUUUUUUCUACAGUAGUUGGUAAUCACUCUGAACAAUAGUAGAUCGGUAAAGCCAAUAGUAGUUAGUUUGAGGAUGCUUUUAUAUUUCCUACAAUAGUUCAUUCCAAUUGUUCUUAGUUUUUACUGUAGUUGUUAAUUUGAUUACCUAUUUUACAAGAAAUAACAAUCAUUCAUAUAUGCCAUCUUAUUCUUAUGCAAUAAUCUGAAAUAUAUAUUGUCAUACCAGGUCUCCUGUUUUCAGUGGCCAUAACUAUAACUACAGUUUUAACUUAUGUGAUUAAGGAUGGUGUUGGUCGGCCACGUCCAGAUUCCUUUUGGCGUUGUUUUCCUGACAGAGUAUCUUUAAUGUGCUCAUCUUGGGCUGUUGCUUCUUUGUGCUCAUCCAUAGCAAUACUAUUCUCAUUAGCUCAUCCAUGGCAAUACUAUUCUAUGCACUAAUCGGCAAUGACACAACUACACAUAGCGAGUACUAGAAAGCAUGAUAAUGUUUUAGGGCAUCUUUCUACUUUGUGCAAGAAAUUUAAUUUGAUGGAUAUGACCUGUUCUCUCUUGAUUAUGUGUGGAUUUUAAUACACAUUUAUUUCUGUACAAGGCAACUUGAUUGACACUGUAUUGUUAUUUCUAUGUGUAGAAAAUGCGAGCUCGGCUGAUGGAUUGCAUACUAUUUGGCUGAGUUGUUUUGUUCUAAAGAUACAAUCGAGCUGAAGACUUCUUUUGUAUGGAAAUUCACUAUGGAAACCGAAAUAAUGGAUACUGAAUCAACAGUUACACUGAAGUUUGAUGAUGUGUGAGUCGCAGAAACUGAAAGAAUAAGCAUUAGUCCUCUGAGAAGAGGUUGACAUUAUAUGCCCCUUCAGUGCUCGCUUUUGUCUUCCCCUGAUGUUCAUUGUCUCAAGGCUACUGGGCUAGGAGUAGUCAUAUGCAAGUUCUGGCUAUCGCCCCUAUCCUCUUUCCUGCAGUCUGUACUUCCUGCUCAAUUUGCAAUGCAUGAUGAGAGAGAUAUGGCGAGGGAGGUGGCGAGGAAGUCGUUGGUGAUCUUGAAGAAUGGCAAGACGCCGAGCGAUGCCCCGCUGCACCAACUGCCCAAGACGCCGAGCGACGCGCAGCUGCUGCCGCUGCCCAAGAAGAUGACAAGCACAAAUGAUGGUUUGAUCUGUGUGUAGUUGCAUUGUUUAUUUCUUAAUCAGUGGAGAUCAUUUUUAUUAAUUAUUUUGACACGGCCCCUAUGCUUUCUGUCAAGAGAUUGUUUUUGUACUUUCCUAUUUAUUAUUAUCUACCAUUUUUAAAUCUUCUGCAGCAUAGCAUGUGCAGUACUAUACUCCUAUUAUGCAAAGACUUCGGGAGGAUUAGCAGUUUCAAAUUCUA